AUGUCUGCAUCUCUGCCAGGCAGCAGAGACUUGCCUGCAUCGCGACAUGAUCUCAAUACAUACUGGGGCAGAGUCAAGCACUCCGCCGAGAUUGCAGACCCGAGAACCCUCUUCACAUCAAGCACCGCACUGGAACAAGCAAAGUCACUCCUCACUCAAUACAAGCAAGGAAAAUUGCAGCACAUGACACCGGAGUUAUGGCAAGCGAAGAAAGUGGUUGAUGCUACCCUUCAUCCAGAUACUGGUGAACCUGUAUUCCUCCCUUUCCGCAUGUCUUGUUUCGUCAUCUCGAAUCUGGUAGUAACUGCUGGCAUGCUCACACCGAAUCUCACAAACACGGGAACGAUCGCCUGGCAAGUGGCAAAUCAGUCGUUGAAUGUGGGCAUCAACUUUUCCAACGCCAACAAAAGCACCCCAAUGGCAACUUCAACGAUUGUGAAGUCCUACUUCACAGCAGUUGGAGCUAGUUGUGGUGUAGCGGUUGGUCUCAAUUCCAUCGUGCCAAGGUUGAAGCGAGUCAGUCCUUCCACAAAGGUGGUGCUGGGUAGACUGGUACCAUUCGCUGCAGUCGCAUGUGCCGGUGUGCUGAACGUGUUCCUCAUGCGAGGCGAGGAGAUUCGAAGAGGAAUUGAAGUUUUCCCAAGCGAGUCAGAAGAGACCAGGAAGAAGCGGGAAGAGGCAGGCAAAGCUUUGGAGCCCAUCGGUAAGAGCAAAAAGGCGGCCACCCUUGCUGUGGGAGAGACAGCUAUCUCGCGCGUGCUCAACGCGACUCCUAUCAUGGUCAUUCCUCCACUGGUCCUCGUGCGGUUACAGCAGACUGCAUGGCUCAAAUCCCGGCCACGGAUGGUCCUGCCGGUCAAUUUGGGCCUGAUUCUGACCACCAGCCUGUUUGCGCUUCCGCUUGCUCUGGCAGCUUUCCCCCAGAGACAAGCUGUGAAGGCCACGAGUUUGGAGAAGGAGUUCUGGGACCAAGGCGGGGAAGGAGGUUUGAUCGAAUUCAAUCGCGGACUAUAG